UUUUCAUUGGGAUUUGCAUUGAGCCAAAGUCCGUCCAAUCCACCACACUCGAGUGUUGCAGCUUCUGUCGCAUCAUUUUUGCCUUGAGAUUCAAACGCACAAAACAAAAUCAAAGCGAGUCAAAGAGUCUUUGUUUCUCAAGCUAUGAACGCGACGCAGCUGCAGCACGUCCUGCUUGAUCUGCUGGUCGUGCUGGCCGUCGUGCUCUACGUCGUUGUCUGCCCAUUCACCAAGGUCGAGGAGAGCUUCAACAUCCAAGCCAUCCACGACUUGCUCUUUGCUCUGCCGCAAAUCCAGCCAGUGAACAACAUCGAGGGUCUGCUCGCACGAUCGUCGGACGCUGCAAGCCAGCUAGCAUCGUGCGCCAUCCCAGUCAUCCCAUCGUCGGUCGCAGAGGUGCAUCCGUCCGACUGGCUCAAGUAUGUCGACUGUGUCGUCGAGCAUCAGUUUGACCACUCUCGGUUUACUGGACCAGUCCCGCGAACCUUCAUUGGCGCAAUCCUCGUCGCUGCAAUGUCGGCUCCAUUCGCCAUUCCGGCGUUCUACGCGUUUCAUAGCAAGCUGGCUGCUCAGCUCAUCGUCCGCAUCGUUCUGGGCUUGUUUGUGGCCUGGACGUUUGGGCGGUUUUUGCGAGCCAUCACUCGCCGCUACUCUUUGCGGACGGCCGUGUAUGUCGCCAUCCUGAGUAUCUGCCAGUUCCAUUUCCUGUUUUACGCGAGUCGCACUCUGCCAAACACGAUGGCCUUGCCUUUUGUUCUGCUGGCUCUUGCAGCCUGGUUGGAUGGUCGGCGACAGGCAAUGGUUGCUUGGUUUGCUUUUGCCGGCAUCAUUUUCCGUGCAGAGCUGGUUGUGCUGUUUGCACCGCUGCUUCUGUCCGAGCUCGUUGUUAUGCUGCUGGCAUCGCGAGCGCAGCCCCACACCGCCGCCCAACCUUCAUCAUUCGGCUCGCAGUUUGCCAAGCUUGUGGGCACUGGUAUUGUAGCUGGUAUUGCGAGCCUGGCCCUCACCAUCCUGGUUGACUCUGUCUUUUGGCGGCGGUGGCUGUGGCCUGAAGGCGAGGUCUUGUACUUUAACACGGUUCUCAAUCAGUCGGUGAACUGGGGCACCAUGCCAUUCCACUGGUACUUUACCUCCGCCCUCCCACGAGCGCUCCUCGUAGCCUAUCCGCUCAGCGUGGUCGGCGCGUUCAAGCAUUCCCAGCCCUUCGUUGUGGCGGCCUGUUUCGUUUUGGGCUACUCUUUCCUGCCACACAAGGAGCUGCGCUUUAUUUUCUAUUCCGUGCCGCUCUUCAACCUCUCGGCCGCGCUCGGCUUGCAGACAAUCUAUAAUGCGUUUGACCGACCUGCGACUGCUGCUGCUCCAGCUCUUCUUGGCGGGCAUGUGCGGUCGCUUGUGCGCCUUGUACUCAAGUGGCUGGCCAACCUUGGCCUUCUGUUGUCGGUGGUGGCAACGCUCUUCUUCUUGUUCGGCACUACCUACAACUAUCCUGGCGGCGAAGCCAUUCUGUACGCCGAGACAAGUCCACAAGUCGCCAGGAUGGCUGCUCGCUCGCAAGGCGAAGCCCGACCUGUGCUGCAUGUGACAAACCUUGCCGCCCAAACGGGCGUGACACGGUUUUUGCAAAUGUCGCAAUAUUGGGAGAUUGACAAGACGGAAGGGAUGCGACACGCCACAAACUACACUUCUUUUGACAUUGUCAUUGGCGAGCCGCAGCAUCGCAACCUGCUAGUCGACUCGUACUCGUCGCUGGCCACGAUUCCCAUCUUUGAUGGCACCUCAACACCAGACUUUGCCGGCAUUUGGGCCAACGUCACUUCUGCGUUUGUCCCUCCCGAAAGGAGUCCGCUUGUUCGGCUGUCCUUCCGAGAGCGGUGGCACCUCGUUUGGAAGCAUCUCAAGAUCAAUCCCAUCCAGACACGCACCGGCCUGCAUGUCCUCGUGAGCAAGGACUUGACUGAUCGAGUGUUUGGUGCAGCUCCCUCGAAUCCACAGCAAGAGCGUGCAAGGAAGGAAGUUGAGGCGAGGCGGCAGCUUCCAAAGGACUAAAUGCUGUGACAGGUUUUGCUCGCAUGCAUACUCUUCGAUUUAGUACAUGUACAUUGUGUCUUUUAUUAUUCUCAGCACAUCGAUUGAAAAUUAC